ACCCGCCCUGCCCCGCACUCAUCUACAUAAAUUCGUUCUUUUCCAAGUUUCUUCAUGAGUUUGAAAACCCUCACUACCUCAAUUUCUUGAAUCCGACCAUCCCUCCUCAGCAUAUAAGCUUUGGUUGCAAGGAGAAUUCAUAGCGGUGCUAGAAUAAGCAGUUUUGGGAAAAUAGAUAAUGCUUUCUAACAUGGUCUUGUCUUGAUUUUGUUUGAUUUACGACAUUUUUUAUCUGUUUGUGAUGGAUCAAUUUUACAAAGUUUCGUAGAAACUAACGCCAAUUAAUCCAUAAAUUAAGAACAAACCUGAACAAAUGGAAACCGCAUCAUUGGAGUAUUCUGCCGCCUCAACAGUGACCACAUUUGACCCCCCGGUGCCCUUGCUCCGUGGACCCAUUCUGGACGGCCCAUCGGACGACCCGUUGGCCGGGCCGUAUGUGCUCGCGUUUCGGGACCCCCAAGUUUGGGCCUCCGCGCUCAAAGCCUGUGAGUCCAAGCUCGUGGACCAGUGCGAGCAUGGUGCAAGAGUUGGAUGCGCCAUCGCUGCGUCCAACAAGUGCAAAAUCCCCUGGUGGCGUGCUAUGGUUUGCCCGAGGGCGAUGGAUCUGAGCGGGCGCGAGAAGUACGAGGAGCGAGAAAUGGAGGGUUGUGUCUUGGCGGCGAAGGAGAAGUGUAUUGGGUUUGCGAGGGACAAGUGUGCAGCACCGUUUCGGGAUGCCCGAAUUGUGGCGAGGGAAAGGCGGGUGAGGACGAAGGAUCUUGGGAAGUUGAUCGCUUGGGCAUCAGUUUCAUAUAGGAGUACGUGGAUGAACCUGAUUAGAUUGGAUCAAUUGGGUUGGCGGGUUUUGGCGGCGAGGAGUUAUAGGGCUAGUGAAUUGCUCGGCCUUGAUAGCAAUUUUGAAAAGGUUCAGAAUGUGACCACUGGAUACAUAAUGAAAUGUGAUGAUGACACCUUCGUUAGGGUGGACACUGUCCUAAAAGGGGCAUCUCUCCUAAUACGUCCCUUUAUAUGGGCAAUCUCAACCUCUUGCAUCGCCCUCUCCGAAGUGGAAAAUGGGCAGUCACAUAUGAGGUAUGUUAGUGGGGUUGCAUUUGUGUAA